AUGCCCCCAGGUUUCACCGCUGUCAGUGGAACCCAAAUUACCCCUACCAUGUACCGGUUAUUGUGGUUCGUGCCCCGAAUUUCGAAGCGCAUUUUUCUUCCUCUAUCAUUAUUGGGCAUAUUAUUCCUUGUGUUCAUGAGUGCUGUCCUGCACGUUCGCCGGGAUUGGCAUUCUCCAAGUUUCUCAAAGCAACGAAUAGCAGCGACAUUGGACAGACUUGUCCAUCAUCAGUCCGUCUCCCCGAUUAUCCUGUCAGAGUUGAAGAAGGUUUUAUUGCCGAACCGGAACACAGAUGUCGCUAAAAACGAAAGCAACCCCCAAAACAAUACUGGUUCAUCAUCAUCAAGACUCACUGCCGUGCAAUUGAGCGUGGAAAACCUGCGUGUUUUAGUGAACUUGUUAAACAGUGCUCAAGUCAUCCAUAACGAAGACAUUUUCGGUAUCUUUGCCGACUCAACGGCGGUGUUUAUAAUUCAAGUACACGCCAGAGCUCAGUACCUUCGGCAUACUGUGGCGAGUCUCGCACAGGUGCAGGGCAUCAAUAAAUCCCUCAUCAUCUUCAGUCACGAUGUCUUUGACGCCGAAAUCAACGAGCUCGUCAGCCGGAUCGACUUUUGUCGAUACACGCAAAUUUUCUUCCCGUUUUCAGUCCAACUGUAUCCCAAUGAGUUUCCCGGCACAGAUCCUCGAGACUGUCCAUCGCUAUUGCCUCAAUCUGAGGCUGAAAAAAUGGGCUGCAUAAACGCUGGUAAGCCUGACCAAUAUGGCCAUUAUCGCAUAGGAAAUUCGUCCCAACUGAAGCAGCAUUGGUGGUGGAAAGCAAAUUAUUUGUUUGAAGGAGGUUUGAAGGCAUUAGCAGGGUUCACUGGAGAUGUGAUUUUCUUGGAAGAGGAUCAUUGGAUUGCCAAGGACAUCUUACACAUCCACCAUUUACUGAAACAGGAAAGCAAAACCAAAUGUCCAGAUUGUAAUGUGAUUAAUUUGGGGAACCCUGACAAAAUUCAGAAUCUUAGAGGGAAUCAGGUGGAAAUAUCGGAUUGGCGAUACAAUACUGGGCUGGCUUUCGGUCCAGAUGCAUGGAAAUUGACGAAAGCUUGCGCAAAACAGUUCUGUUUCUUUGAUGACUACAACUGGGACUGGACACUCAAAUACAUUUCACUGACCUGCAUAAAACCGAAACUCGUGGAAAUAUCGGAUUGGCGAUACAAUACUGGGCUGGCUUUCGGUCGAGAUGCAUGGAAAUUGACGAAAGCUUGCGCAAAACAGUUCUGUUUCUUUGAUGACUACAACUGGGACUGGACACUCAAAUACAUUUCACUGACCUGCAUAAAACCGAAACUCGUCACCCUCACUCUCAAGUCUUCCCGCGUUUUCCACAUCGGAAUAUGGCGGUGCCCAGGGGCAACGGUGGCUGGGGCGACCCUCGUGAUCAAGCUUUAUGCCUCAAUAUACAGGAAGAAGUGCUGGCAUGAUGGGGUUCAACCCCGUCUGGGUCCCCGUCCUCCGAAUCGUCCGCCACGGAAUCCCCGAUUUGGCACGAACCUGGGCCCGCCCCCACGGAAUCCUCGCCCACCUCCCCGUCGCCCACCGAAUCCGACGCUGAAACCCUGGGGGCUGGGCUCUGCUGAUGCCAUGGCAGUCAAUGCAGCUGCACGGAAUCAUUGCACAAAGUCCUCAACAAAAACCCUGAUGCCCCGUGGCGAGUCCCCUUGGGUUCUAGUUAUUGCUCCACCCACGAACCGUCCACCGGUUGACCCCACACCGGCCCCAGCUGCAGCAUUGCUUCCGAAGGCCGUGCCGAACCCAAAGGCACUGCUGCUGCCUCGACGAUUGAACCCGGUAGGGCUGACGAAUGUGUUCACACCGAAACCCGCCGGGUCGCCGAACAGGAAGCUGGCCAAGUUGAAGGGCACGAAGGCGAACGGAUCGAAGAAGAAUCUCGCGGGUUCCGCGAUGCCCUGGGGCCGGCGUGGGGACACUCUGGAC